GGUAUAUAAGGCCACUGCUGCUCACGACGGUCACCAGUCACCACAGACGGGUCCAGCAAGCAACAUGAGGCUCCUGCUGGUGUUGAGCGUCUUGGUGGCCGCCGCUGCCGCCUGGCCUAACCUGGGAAUGAUGGCAGACUCCACAGGGGGUGCCUCCAACGCCCAGAAGCAGCACGACGUGAACAGUCUGCUGUGGAAGGUGAACGAAGUCAUCCGCAACGACGCACUUCGCGGACUGGCAGACAGCUAUGACCCGAUGUCCGGCACCUACGACGACGAGGGCGUGUCCGUGCGGCGCCUGAUGCGGGAGUUGAAGGACCACCGCCUGCUGCAGCGCCACCACUGGUUCUCGCUCUUCAACACGCGGCAGCGCAAGGAGGCCCUCAUGCUCUACGAUGUCCUGGAGCACUCGAGCGACUGGGCAACAUAUAUUGGUAACGCGGCGUUCUUCCGCAUGCGCAUGAACGAGGGCGAGUUCGUGUACGCCCUGUAUGCCGCCGUGGUGCACUCCAAGCUGACCCAACACGUGGUGCUGCCGCCGCUCUACGAGAUCACGCCGCACCUCUUCACCAACAGCGAGAUCAUCCAACAAGCCUACACGGCCAAGAUGAUGCAGACGCCUGCCAAGAUCCUCUCCCCCACCAACGGCAGGCUGAAGAACAACCCGGAGCAGCGCGUCGCUUACUUCGGCGAGGACGUGGGCAUGAACACGCACCACGUCACCUGGCAUCUCGAGUUCCCCUUCUGGUGGGAUGACGGCCACGAAAACUACCACUUAGAGCGUAAGGGGGAGAACUUCUUCUGGGUGCACCACCAGUUGACCGUGCGCUUCGACGCUGAGAGGCUGUCCAACCACCUGGAGCCCGUUGACGAGCUGCACUGGGACGACAUGAUCUACGAGGGCUUUGCGCCGCACACCAUGUACAAGUACGGCGGCUACUUCCCCUCACGGCCAGACAACGUGUGUUUCGAGGACGUGGACGGCGUGGCACGGAUCCGCGACAUGCUGAUCCUCGAGGAGCGCAUCAGGGACGCCAUCGCCCACGGCUACGUCACGGACAGGGACGGAUCCAUUAUUAACAUUAUGAACUCGCGCGGUAUCGACGUGCUGGGUGACGUCAUCGAGUCCUCCAUGUACAGCCCUAACCCGGAGUACUACGGGGCGCUGCACAACAUGGCCCACAUGAUGUUGGGCCGCCAGGGUGACCCGCAUGGCAAGUUCGACCUCCCUCCUGGCGUACUCGAGCAUUUUGAGACCGCCACGCGCGACCCCGCGUUCUUCCGUCUCCACAAGUACAUGGAUAACAUCUUCAGGGAGCACAAGGAUAGCCUCGAGCCGUACACGAAGGAAGACCUGGUGUUCCCCGACGUCUCUAUUGACAGCGUGGCCAUCGCCGAGCCCCUGGAAACCUUCUUUGAGGAGUUCGAGUACAGUCUUGUCAACGCCGUCGACGACACAAUCGAGAUCGAUGAUGUGGCGAUCUCCACCGUUGUUCCUCGCCUGAACCACAAGGAUUUCUCGUACCAGAUCGGCGUCUCCAACAACAAGGGCUCGGAGGUGCUGGCGACGGUGCGCAUCUUUGCCUGGCCGCAGCAUGACAGCAACGGCAUCGAGUUCUCUGUCAACGAGGGCAGGUGGAACGCCAUCGAGCUGGACAAGUUCUGGACGAAGCUGGCGCCGGGCAGCAACAGCAUCACACGCAGCAGCAGGGAGUCGGCCCUCACCGUGCCCGACGUGCCCAGCUUCCAGACCAUCAUCGACAAGACGGAGGAGGCGCUCGCUGCCGGCCAAGAACUCGAUAUGGAUGAGUUCGUGAGUGGCGCCGGGCUGCCCAACAGAUUCCUCCUCCCCAAAGGCAACUCACACGGCAUGGAGUUCUGUCUGGUUGUCUUCAUCUCCGACGGUGCCAAGGACGCGGCCGUGGAGGGUCUGCACGAGAACACGUCCUUCAACCACUACGGGUGUGCGGACGGCAAGUACCCCGACAACCAGCCGCAUGGGUAUCCGCUGGACCGACGCAUCGACGACGAGAGGAUCAUCAAGAGUGUGCCAAACUUCAAGGCCAUCAACGUGAAGGUGCACCACGUUGAGGCACACUAAGGAUCAUGUACUUAAACAUUUCGCCGCCCAACGCACAUAUUAGAUAAGGCUUUCGUAGGAGCUGUGGGCCUCUCCCUGGGUAGUUUGUAAUCGUGGUGGGAGUUUGACACUGCUUCUGUACGAUGAACUCUAAAAAUAUACUCGUGAAAACCCA